AUGAGUUCGGCCCGACGCACGCAACGGGAGUUGUGCGAAAAAGCCAAGCGUGAAAUAGUAACCGUGCUCCAAGACAGCCUCUGCAUGGGCAAGCUACCGCACGGAACCAUCAAGGCCACGCUACAAAAAGGGUCAACAAAGUCGUUGAAAAAGGGCCGCGUCGGACGCAAGGCCCGAUACACAACCGACGAAAUAAAAGCGGCAAUUCAAGAAGUACCUCAUCAACAACGGAGCACGAUGCGUGACUUGUCCGACGCCACCGGCAUCUCUGCCUUCACACUUAACAAAGCUCUCAAGACGGGAGUCGUGCAGCGACGCUCGACGCGCCUCAAAACUCUGCUUACCGACGCCAAUAAGUACGAGCGUUUGGAUUUCUAUUGUGCCCACCUUGUUCUGUCCCGCUCGGCCAUUGACGAAUACUUGGUUGCCGUUGCCGAAGGCAACGGCUCCAGCUCCGACGAAACCACCAGGACCGGCUCUCCAAGCGAAGUCCCAUUUUCGGGCAUGUGGGAUGUCGUCCACCUAGACGAAAAAUGGUUCAAUGCAGAUAAGGACCGGCGCAAAGUGUACCUUGUGGAUGGUGAGGAAGUGAAGCCGCGUGGGUGCAAGUCCAAGCGGUUCUUACCCAAGGUGAUGUUCCUCUGUGCCGUGGCCCGACCACAACCAGCGCUCGGUUUCGAUGUCAAAAUCGGGCUUUGGCCUUUUGUCGCUGCAGCGGCGCGAAGCUGA